GUUAUUUAGCCCAGGCCUCAUAUUCAAAAAAGGGGGUAAAGUUUACACCUGAACUUUUUUAUAAACACUAGUUGUGGUUAAAAGCUUUCAACUUAUGUCACCACAGUUUUGGUCCUUAGUGCUUUCAAUAACCUCUCAAGACAUUUUCAAAAGAAGAAUCAUUUAUUUUGUGUGUGACGGUUAAUGUUUUCAAUCUCCAUAUUAUAAUAAAAUUAGCUGAUCAAUGACAGAACUUAUCUGAAAACACUCAGGUUUUCCGGCAAUCAGAUAAUGUACUGAAAAUUAUUAUAAAAUUAAAGUUGAGUUGAACUUUUAACAUGAGUUUCCUAAAAUUUAAUUAUAAUUUGUACAGAGAAAUACAUUUUUAAUAUGUGGGUGUUUUACACAAGAUUUCACUUUCUGAAGGAAACCAAUACUAAAUGAAAGAAAAAGUUUAUUACAGUCAAUCAGCAGCAAUGAAUUUAACACCGGAUCGACAAGGUUAUUUAGGAGAUGUAAUGCAGAAAACUUUACCACAGUUAGAAGAGCUACUGGAAAGACAGAAAAAGAUAUUAACAAAAAGGUAUCAGUAUCAGCUUAAAUACUUUUAAUUUUAAAUAGUGGAACAAGGUAUGUUGAAGCUUGAAAUGAAAAGAGAAUGUAUCUGGUAAAAGCCUUCUUCAGCCAACAAGACAAAACAAAAAACAACUUUCUAUCUUAUCCUCCUGCUUUUCAUUUUAAACUUCAACAUUCUUUGUUCCACUACAGUUAUUUCCUUCACAAAGCUUGAACACAUUCCUUCAUUUAUUAUCCCUUUAAUUUUAAGAUUUUUAAAAUCAUUAUUGGUACUGGAUCAUUGUGAUCUAAACCUAUUUUUAAAAAUCAUAAUCAAUCAAAGUUAAAUAUUUUUACAGUGUAGCCCAUAACAUUUAGUUGAACUAAUAUGAAAUUGCCAACAUUACAAAAAUAGCCUUAGAGAGAGCACUGUAAUAUAAAAAUUAUGUGGCAAAGCAAGCAAUUUUUCUCUUGUUUACCAGCAUGUCAAAUAAAUUAGGGUUCUGAAAAGCACUAUUUUCAAUUUGUGUGCAAGAAUUUACACAUUUAGUUCACUUUAAAAUAACAUUAUAAUUAAUUUGUAUACCCGUAUGUACUUAAAAAUUCUUGAAUUAGUGAAGCUACCCAGUACUAAAAUGUGUUAAAUGUAAUAUUUUAAUUAAAUGCAAUAAUUUCCUUAAUUUUUGUUUAGACAGUUUAUAAACAACUUACCUGACAAGGGCGAGAGGACCACAAAAUUUGCUGAGUUUAUAGAGAAACUCAUAGAAGAAAAGAUAGGAAAUAUACAGAAAACAACUUCACAAUUCUCCAAUGUUUCUCACUCAAAAUCUGACAUUGCUUCAAAAUCUGACAUUGCUACAAAAUCUUCUACAACAGUCGAAGUUGAUACAGAUAAAAUCAGUGAAUCUGCCACUGGUACCAAUCCACCACCACAAUCAUUAAUAGAUUAUGAUUUAGUUUCUGAAUUGCAGGUGAUUAUUUCAAACAAUUUUUUUUUUUUUUUAAAUUAACAAAUUUUUAUAAGAUGGGCAGUUAUGUUCUAAAAUUAAAUUUGAUAAAAUAAAAAUAGAGAAAUUUUAUGCCUAAUAACAUUUUUAUGUCUAUAGCAAAUGUCCAUUGAUAGCAACUCCAUCAUAAAAAAGGACCAUGUGCAAAAUAUCAACAGCUAUGAAAAUGUUAUUAAAAGAAGCAAAGAAACGCCACCUAAUUCAAAAACAAAGUUUUUACCCAACAGGUAAAGAGCUUAACUAUUGUAUUUUAAGAUAUAAAACUACCACACUGAAAGAUACUUUACUAUUUCAUGAACAAUUUAUAUAUAAAUAAUGGUACUCCGUACUCUUAAACAGUCAAGUAAAAUGAGGGCAAAGAAGUGUACCCUCGUAAAAGUGAAAAGCAUGUGUCCCUUGAAAUUCCUUACCUGGUGAAAAAAAAUUGAUUUGUUCCGCUGGGAAAGACUUUUUAGGCUACUGAAGAAAAUUGUACUUCUCUCAAAAUAACUCACUAAGUAUAAAGGUCAAGGGCACUUCUUACCUUUAAGUUAUAUUUAUAGUCCCAGUAUUUAUAAACACAUUUAAAAUACCAACACAAAAGUUACAAGUCUGACAAGGUGUUGAGAAUAGAAUAUGGACUUCUACCAUUUGCUGUGCUUCAUUAUUAAUCAGAAGUUUUGCGCCUGGUGAUUGAACUGAGACAUUACCAUUUUCUUUCACAGGACACUCAAAGGUAACCACAUUCCCCCACCUCCACAAAGCUACACAUUUAAACCAAAACACAUUCAAAAAGAAGAAGAGUCAGCAGCUCAUCCCCCUCAAUACAAGUUUAAUGAGGCCAAAAUUAUACCCAUUGAAGAGUCCAUCAAAUUGAUACGGGAGCAGAGAGCAAAGACUGAGGUAUAUUAAUUACAAGAACUACAUUGAAAACUCAUUUUGAAAUUAAAUUUUUUGUCUCUUUGGUUUUAUUAAAAUUUAUUGAUAUACCAGAUUGGAAUUUACUAUUCUUCUUUAAAUUUAACAUCUUCUUGGUCUAAAUUGCAGGAAUUGAAUGCAGAAUGGGCAGCAAAAAGACUUGCAGAUCAAGUGGUACCAAAGAUGAUGACCUACAGACCAACUUCUAAUGUUGACUUGCAGUAUCCUUUUAGGACAUACCUUAAUAAUUUUUAAAGUGAGGGAUGUGUUAGUGCAUCGUCUGAACUCAUUCUAUCUUUUGACUACCUGUAUACUCUGAAUCUCAAGAGAGUGCUUAGUGAGGAGUGAAAUAUGUGAUAAUUAUGGCAUUCAUAUAAGUAUAAUAAUAAUAUAAUAAAUAAAUUAGUAAAAGAAAAAUGACCGUGUUUUAUUUUGCAUUACCCACAAAAUUUGUAGGCAAACAUAAUUAAUUUUUUAAAGGAACAACUCCUAGUCUUUUAAAGGCUGAACCUUUUGUAAAUGUUAAGUAACCAGCACAUCUCUUGCCACCCCUCCCAAAACCAUGGUCCAAAAACUAACCUGAGAUCAAAAGCAUGAAAAAAAAAAAGUAUUGUCCUAAACUGCAAAAGUUAAUAUUAUCAGUUCUUUAAAAUUACAUUAGCAUUUAUGAUUUUAUAUAGAGGCAUCAUCCACACUUCAUUAAUGUCAGUUAAAAGGUACCGGUACUACAGUCUAAGGUAUGCUCAAAUUGUUUUAUAAGGUUAGCCAAGAUUUUCUCUUCAUUCUAUUGCCCAACAAGAAUAAGUGUAUUGACAAAUUUCUAUGAACUGAAAUCUAUUGCAGAUUUUUAAAAAAGAGUAAGCUCAGUGUCGUUCCAAUUUCAGCUGAAAAUAUACUGCAACUCUCGAUGAACCUGUGAAAAUGAAAUUUGAUGAACCAAUUUUGUUGACGAGAGUAGCAAGUAGUCACGGAAAGCUGAGAGCCCAGUGUGAACAUACCUUGCACUGUUAUACCUUUUAACUGAUAUUAAUUGUAUGAGCUAAUAAUACACUUGACUUUUGAGGCAUCCUUAAGUUUGUGCACUUGUUUGCUUUCUUUAACCUUAAUUAGAUACAGAGAGGCCAAGAAUGAAGAGAUUGACAGUGAUGAUGAUGAAAGUCAGGAUGAAUAUUAAUAACGCAUUUAUUAAACUAUUUGAACCAUGAAUUAAAAUAUUUUUCAAAAUUUUGUUUGUCGUUUUUUUAAUUAACCAGGUUAUUG